UUCCUAUAGAACUGACCUCUGACUCCUGUGAAGUCAUAAGCCUCCUUGUUACCUUGGAAACCACAACUUGUGCUCCUGAAGUGAUUCUGUGGGGAGACAAUUUUUUUUCUCCUUCUUGGGUUCACUUUUCCGGGGGUCUCAUAAAAUCAGGCUUCAAGCUCUUGUUGAUGGCUGCUUUGGGAAUUAAUUCUACCUUCAGUUAAAGUUUAGGAGAUAUUCUGAGACCCUCUCCCAAGAAAACUGAGUCACCUUGCAUUCAAUCCUUGGCAAUGUCUCUGGUUUCAUCUGCCUAAGAUCAACAACAGAGUCCCUCGACAGAGUCCCAAGGAAGCUCUGAGUUGAGGGAAGAAGCCAAAAGAAUGGCAACUAAGGAAAAGCUUCAGUGUUUGAAAGAUUUUCACAAGGACAUUUUAAAGCCUUCGCCUGGCAAGAGUCCAGGUACCCGGCCUGAGGAUGAGGCUGAAGGGAAGCAACCACAGAGGGAAAAGUGGUCAAGCAAGAUUGACUUUCUGCUGUCUGUGGCAGGUGGUUUUAUCGGCUUAGGUAACGUCUGGCGUUUCCCAUAUCUCUGCUAUAAAAAUGGCGGAGGUGCAUUUCUUGUACCUUACUUCAUUUUCUUGUUUGGAGGCGGCUUGCCUGUAUUUUUCCUGGAGGUUGUUAUAGGCCAGUAUACCUCUGAAGGUGGAAUUACUUGCUGGGAGAAGAUCUGCCCUCUUUUUAGUGGAAUCGGUUAUGCUUCCAUUGUGAUUGUGUCCCUCCUGAACGUGUAUUACAUCGUCAUCCUGGCAUGGGGGGUCUACUACUUGUUUCAGUCAUUUCAAAAAGAGCUCCCCUGGUCCCUCUGCCAUCAGAGCUGGAACACCCCGAAUUGCUUGGAAGACGUCCUGAGAAAGAACAAGACGCUUAUGGGCGAGAAUUUUGCAAACUACACGUCACCUGUCACGGAGUUUUGGGAGCGAAACGUAUUGAGCCUGUCCAAGGGAAUUGAUGAUGUUGGUGCUCUGAAGUGGGACCUGUCCCUCUGCCUCCUCUUGGUCUGGAUAAUUUGUUUCUUCUGCAUUUGGAAAGGAAUCAAGUCAACUGGGAAAGUUGUAUACUUCACAGCCACAUUCCCCUUCGUCAUGCUUUUCGUGCUGUUAUUACGUGGAAUCACCCUGCCUGGAGCUGCCUCUGGCAUCAAGUUUUAUCUGUAUCCCGAUGCCUCCCGUUUGGUAGAUCCACAGGUCUGGAUUGAUGCUGGGACCCAAAUCUUCUUUUCCUAUGCUAUCUGCUUGGGGGCAAUGAUCUCGCUGGGAAGCUAUAACAACUACAAAUACAACUGCUACAGGGACUGUAUGCUGCUGGGAUGCCUGAACAGUGGUACCAGUUUUGUGUCUGGCUUCGCAAUUUUUUCCGUCCUGGGCUUCAUGGCACACGAGCAAGGGGUGGACAUUGCAGAUGUGGCCGAGUCAGGUCCAGGCUUGGCCUUCAUCGCCUACCCGAAAGCUGUGUCAUUGAUGCCGCUGCCCACGUUUUGGGCCGUUCUUUUUUUUAUUAUGCUUCUGUUGCUUGGACUGGAUAGCCAGUUUGUUGAAGUUGAAGGACUGAUCACAUCAUUGGUUGAUCUGUACCCAUCCUUCCUAAGGAAGGGUUACCGACGGGAAAUCUUCAUUGGUUUAGUGUGUAUCCUUAGCUACUUUCUGGGCCUUACUAUGGUGACUGAAGGUGGCAUGUAUGUGUUUCAACUCUUUGACUACUAUGCAGCUAGCGGUGUAUGCCUCUUGUGGGUUGCAUUCUUUGAAUGUAUUGCUAUUGCCUGGAUAUUUGGCGCUGAUCAUCUUUAUGAUCGCAUUGAGGAGAUGAUUGGAUAUAGACCUAACCCCUGGAUGAAAUGGAGCUGGUGUGUCAUCACACCAGUUCUUUGCACCGGAUGCUUCAUCUUCUCUCUGGCUGAACAUACACCACUGACCUACAACAAGGAGUACAUCUACCCCAGCUGGGCCAUAGGCCUGGGCUGGGUCUUGGCCCUCUCUUCCAUGUUAUGCAUCCCCUUAGUGAUGGUCAUUCGGGUUGCCCAGUCACGUGGAACACUCAUUGAGAGGAUAAAGCUAGCAACUGUUCCCAAGCCUGAACAUCGGUGGCAGCAUGAGCCUGAGGGGUCCACACCAUUCUGUUCCAGGGACAACUCAAAUGGCAACCUCAUGAAACCCACCCAUAUCAUUGUGGAGACCAUGAUGUGAGCUCUCUCUGUGAGAGGAGAAACCUGCUUUAACUGCCGUUUACUAACCUUAGAUUCUCAUAGUACCAGGUUUACAGAGCUUUAUAUUUGCACUAGGAUUGGAUUUUUUUUGUUUUUUUUUUCUUGUUUGUUUUUUCAUUCUCACAGAGAAAGUUAUUUUUCAUGUGUGCGCACGUGUGUGUGUUGUAUUUUUUUUUAAAGACUUUUAUAAGUAACCACAUGCAGACGUCUCAAAGGAGACUGAGCUUUCAUAUCAAAUUAGAUGUAUUACAGGAAUUUAUUAAUUUUUUUAUAACCAGCUAUGAUUAUACACCUUUACCACUUGAAUCGAUCUUCUUGCCAGCAAUAUAUUCAGUUUCUAAAGCAAUUUCCAGGUGCUGGUGUGGUUAGGUCUUGCACAGGAGCUCUAGGGUAAUCUUUGUCCCAAAGAGCAAAAAGAAAUGCCAUUCUGAACAUUUCAAAGGUGUAGUACCUUCUGAAUGUGGUUCAGGCAAAAACAAAAUGGGCAGGUAGAGAGGACCUGGUAAGCCAGUUGAUUGUUGGCCAUUGUUGACCAAGGUCACAUUGCCCAGGCUGCAUCAGAAGGAUGAAGGAAGCAUGAAAGUGAAGCCAUUAAAAAGUUGGAUGUUGGAGCUUCAUUAUCCUUGUAUUUGUAGCUGAGGCGAGAGAGAUGUGCACACACACACACACACACACACACACACACACACACACGACUGAGAGUGAAACAAGAGACCUCCAACCCCUGCAAAAACAGCAAAAGAAAUGAACUUGUCUUGGAGUUUACAGCAGAAGUAGUGUCACUAAAGACUUUCUAAGAGUAGUAAGAGCCUCUGUUUCAGCAAAUUUUUUAAUAAAGUGGAAAAAAAAGAAUCAUAAUCUAGACUUUUGGAAAUUUUUGUUAAUAAAUAUAUGUUCUAUAGUCUCAAAGAAUUGAAUUGAGUACAGUUAUCAUGAUUUAAAAUUAGAACUCAUUAAAGACAUUUGUAGACUUCUAAUAUUUAUUAUAACUCAUCAGCGGCAAAGAUUUUCCCCUCUAGUUUUGUUUAGCAAGCCAUGUUGCUAGAUCAGCUCCUCGUUCCAUCCCGAUGGAGUUGGGCUCCCCAGCCUUCCUGGCAGGGCUAGGGCAUAAAGGAUGGCAAGCUACAGGCACCGAGUCCCACCAAGGAGGGGUUUUGAUGGCAACUGUCAGGCUGACCCCCUUUAUAAUUUUCGGGUCAUUCUAGAAUUGCUCAUCCAUAUUCGGCCUUGAUCUUCAAAUAAUUGACUUUCCUCCAGUGUGCUCAGGUUUCAGGAAGCCCUAAGGAAAAGGAGGGGGUGAUCUCUGUUGAAUCACAGGGGACUACCUCUAUUCUUGAAGGGUUUUGUUUCAGCUACAGGGUCCAUAUCUGCUUCCAUACCACCACAUUUUUGUUGUUGUUAUUGUUUUUUAAUUUCUUUUUACAUUUUUUUUUUAAAUGGAAACAUACUUGGUUCUUGACAUUCCUUAAAAAAUCAUAAAUCCCUAACCCACCAUUAAGGUGUGGCUUUUUUAAACCAACCCAUGCAUUUGAUGAGUCACAUGGCUACAGGGAUGAAGGAGGAGAGUAUAAGUGGACCAAAGGAAGUAUGAUGUGCAUUUGGGACCUGCCUUGGAUUGGGGGGUUUUGAGUGGGACUUUGGGGAUAUGGCAGUCACUACAAAUCCAGUGUACUGAUGCUCUUUCUGACAUUUCCCAGACUUCUCUCAUCAACUCCUCUUUCCAUCUCCAAGUAUUUGUUUAAAAGAUAUGGAAAUAGGAACCUUCCAGCAAAGUCUGUAACUAAGUCUUCUUGGAGUUAGGAGGAAGGAAAUUCGGUAGCCAGCAAUCAGUGAGACACUCUGGCGAAUCGCUUCCCUACCUCCUGGCUUGUCUGAGCUGUCCGUUGGACAUCCAUCCAGAUUUAGUCACAGCCAAACGGGGAAACAGCAGCAUGUUGCAACUCGGUCUUCUCAGCAGCCAUUGCUAAUUAAGCAGCCUCCUGGUUCGCCUGCCUACACGGGCUCAAAGAAAAGGAAUUUCCACAUCAUCUGGGGGGUAACGAUGGUCCAUUUCAAAGCUACGGGAUAGGACUGGGGGGCAGGCAUCCAGCUUUAGGUAGAUGCCAGAGUAGCAAAACGCUAAUUUUUAUGAUGCUAGAUGUGUCGUUUAGACAUACACUACAUAGCAAGAGACUGUGGAUGGAAGUGGGAGAGGGGGAAGGGAAGAACUGAGGGAUAGGAGAAUUAAAAAAAAAGUUUAUGUAUUAAUAUUGUCAUUGGGGGUAAUACCCCCAAGGCAAUAUUUCCCCAACCCCCUACAGGGUGAAUAAUCGUGUUCCACCAUGAACCAGAGGAGAUGGUACUACACCUUUAAAAUCACCAUUUUAAGGAGACACCAGCCCCAUUUCUAACUUGAACUGUGCCAUUCAAAUCAUUUGCUUCCAAGUUCAGAGUAUAUUACCAAAAAAUAAAAAAGUUUCUAAAGUGUCACACACAUAUGCAAUGACCUCAUUGUAUGAAGUGAAGUGUAUGAAAUGAAGUGUUUUUGUUUUUGUUUCUGUUUUUCCUGGGAUAAGGUACUCUGGCCCUGGUAGUAGGAUUCAGCCUAGCUUAGAGAUAAGGCUGGAUUCUCUGAAAGCAGGAUCUCAUUAAGCAAAGCUGCCCUCCAUCCUUGACUCCAGACACAGAGAGGUGUUUGCGACAUGUCCUGUUGGAGGGGUGCUCGAGGUUGGAGGGCAGUGCUUCUCAAAUACUUCUAUCUGUUCUAAAUGUCACCCGUUAAAAAAAAUUCACCACCACCACCACCCCAAUGAUAUUCUGCCAAAUGUAACUUAUAAUCCAAACUCUUUAACAAUUCUGCUAUGUUUAUAUUUUUCUAGGUAUUUAUGAUUGUAAAUGUGUCUUCCCCCACCCCGACCCUGGUUUUCUUUGUAGAAAUGUGACCUAUUUGUUGUAUGGAACUUUAGUGAACUAACCAUUCAUCAUGAUUGGGGAUGGGUGAAUCACCUACAAAAGUGGCCCUUUCUGCUAUCCCCCUUUCAACCCCAAAGCUGGCAAGCUACUGCUUUUGAUCAUCCUGGUCAGAAAGUAGAAAUAUGGGGUGAAAAACGGUAGUGUUCUGAGUCCUUCCUAAAUUCGCACAUUCUGCAACUGGCUUGAGGAAGUUCUCACCUUUCAAGAUCCUCAGGCCAGUCAUUUUUUCUAGACCAAAGAUUUCUAGACAAAGCUCUCAGCCGGCACCUGGAAGGUUGGCUACUCCAGCUGAUGACAUUUUCAGAAACCGUGGUGUUUCACCCAUCAUCAAACAUGAUCUCCUUUAUGACAAUUAUGUCUGUAUAGACUCCAUGAAUAGUAUGUGUAAUAAUGGUCAGCUUUUAUAUAUACAUUUAUCUACAGAAGUCAAACUUUUAAUUAGCAUUUUGAUGAGUCUGGUCCAAUUCUGUCCAAGUACAUGAGAUGUCGGUCCUCUGGAUAGCGAGGGGCUCAGUUGCGAUUGAAAUACCAUUUUUCAUGGUUUUUCAAGCCAAAGGAAUUCACUGUCUUUACCAUUUUAACUCCCUACGGAGAUGCCCCAGAUUGUGAGAUCUUGAAGAAUAGGAAGAAAAUAAUUGGUGGGACAAAAAAAAAAAAAAAGAGAAAAGAAAAAUCUAUGGAAUCAAAGGACAGGCCCUGGGAUAAACCUAAACUGGAAUGAACUUCAUCAAAUGAAUGAGUAGCUUUUUCUUCUGAGAGGAUCCAAAGAUCAUAGAAUGUCAGAGCUGGAAGGGAGUUUGAAAAUGAUCUAGUCCAACCCUUCUUUCUACAGAUGAGACACUUGAGGUUCAGAGAUGAGGAAUAACAUCCAACAUCCUCCAUCGUUAGUGGUAGACCCAGACCUAGAACUUAGGUCUCAUGUCUCCUAUUUACUAGUCCAGGUUUUUUUUUUCUUCCUCCACCACUCUACCUCUGAUCCCAUGGUAAUGAUGCUUGGUACUGAUCUGAAGUUUCUCUGGAACAGUACAACUCUAUCUCAUUAUUUUUGCAAAUAUAUCUGCUAUCACCAAAUAUUAUUCAAAAUUGGAUUAAGAUAAAUGGAAUUAUUUGAAAAAAUUGCAAGUAAAUAUUUCUUAAAAUCUUGGAAAGGCUUUUUAAGAACACAAAACAAGAGCUGAAAAUGACCUGAGAACAUAAAGUAUUAGUGCUAGAAGGAAUCUUAGAACAGGUUCCCCCUAUAAUCAUAUAGAGAAUGUUAGAACUGAAAGAACCUUUUAGAUCUUGGAAUGUAAGAGCUAGAUGGGAUCUCAGAGAAUAUUUUUAUAGAAGAGAUUUAUGAAGGAGGAAGGGACUCAUUUAAGGUUCCCCAAGUUUCAAGCAGAGCUCAGACUUUAAUAAUUAUUAGUGCUCCUAUUAGAAGAAUUGGGGAGAACUAGAUGGUUCAGGGAGUAAAGCACUGACCCUAAAGUCAGGAGGAUCUGAGUUCAAAUGUGGCCGCAGAUACUUAACACUUACUAGCUAUGUGACUGUGCAAGUCAUUUAUUCCCCCCCAAAAAAAAGAAGAAGAAGAAGAAUCAGAAGUUAUACCCCUCUAGAUGAGGUAAAGAUGGUAAAGUUCUAUCCAGCUCACAGAACAGACUUCAUAGCUACCAAAUCUGUCAAGAUGGGAGUUGAAUUAAGGGAGCUUUUUCUCAAUUUGUGGAAAGGAGAAUUCUUCUGGCAAUUUCUCAGAUUGAAAAGUCUGACAAAGUCUAGAUGGUAGCGUAGUGUAUUUGUUAGGACAGGUAAGCUUUCAAAAACUGCUAGUAGAUUCUGAUCUACUGUUGGGGAUCUCUCCUGAUCCUUUAGGGUCCCUCCAGCUUGGCAAGUGUUGUGAUUCUGUGGCUGGCCAAAUGGGCUUCUCUUUGAAGCUGAGAUUUAUUCACUUUCCACCCUCUGGAGCUCACUUCCACAAUCCUGCCAGUCGUUGUAACUAAAGCACCCAAGUGAUUAAUCAGCUUUUGAAGAAAUUGGAAUAAGCAAUAUAUUUAAGGUCUAAAUAACAGCCCCAGUGACAAGAAAAAUGUAAGUGGUUAAAAAAAACCUUAGAAACAUUUGAAGAAAAGGGUAAUAUUUGAGGGUAAUAACUGAAAAGUCCCCCUUAGCCUUUCCUAUUUAUUUAUUUUGACAUGAGGUGCUGAAUAUAAUCUACACAGCUCUAUAUGUGUGGAACUGUCCAUAAUUCAAGGACACUGCCCAUAAAAAUAGCUAUACAACUGCCAGAUUUCUCCACAAACUCUAGGAUCACUUCUCUGAUGCUCCAUGGCUUUGUUUGAGGGACCUCUUUGAAUUUUCUUUAACCCUUCUUGAACUUUGCUCCUUCUUCCUCCCACUGGAUUCCAGUCCCAGGCUCCUCAUCUUGUCCCACAGUCUCCCUACCUCUAGGGAUCUCAUUGCCUUCAACUCUACCAAGUCGCUUCUCCCACUUAAAGCAACAAAUCUAAACUGGUAAACUGUAUUGCUCUGAGUAUUCUCUUCAGUGCUAGGGGGCCCUAUGCCCACCACCUUUGCUUUCAGGGCUCCCCUUUUUCUCCCUGUGUUUUUAAGAUGUCAUGGACCCAUUAAUGGUCAUGAAAGAUAGAACGGGGAUAAAGAGGCAAAGCUUUUGAAACAGCCCCCAACCAGCAUCUCCGGGUGUACUUUCAAUUGUGAGGGAGGGAAGGUCCACCUAUUAAGACCUAAAAUAUCUUCCCCACUGGACAUUCAUCAUUUAACAAGGAUCAGACUCAGGACAGAGAAGCCUCCCCUACCCCCUACCCCCAAGUGGGGACCCAAGGCACAAAGCAAGCAUGAAACUGAACUGACAUAGAUCUCUUUUAGCAUGUGACCAGAUUUUAGGAAAUCUCAAUUUUGGAAUCAGAUUCUGUGUGGGUGUUGUAAAUAAUUUUGCGUCUGACAAAAAGUAAAACAAAAACAGAAGGAAAAAAUGAAUUAAAAAAUACUCAAAUCUUGGAGGAUUUGGGGGCCAAUCAGAGACAGAGAAUUGAGGACUCUGAGGGCAGAAAACCACAAGAAAUACAGAAGGUGACCUUCCCUGGGUACUGGAGGCAGCCAGGCCAAAUUCUCCCUGGAAAGCCUUUUUCAGUAGGAAGCUGUUCUUCAUUGUGGCUUUGUGAAUGUUACCACCGAUGCUUUCCAGAGUUUUGCUACAUCAGAUGUGACAUCUCGUCUGUGUAUUUGGCUUUAAAAAAAUGUGGGUUCCUUUAAAAAAAAUCAUAGCAACUGUGACUAUAUGAUUAGCACAUUAGAAAGUGGGGAUCUUCCUAUUUCCUCCUUUCAAACACAAAUCUGUCUGGAUAAUCUGAACUUUUUUAAAACUUUAAAGCUAUUUUUAAGACAUUUUCAGCUUUUUUUAAAUUAAAAAAAAUCCACAAGAGACUGUUCCGAAAAGGAAUAUUUGUAUUUGAACAAGAUUUUUGGCAUGUAAUUCAGUCUUGCAGUAUACAAGCUUUGUGUAUAAAUGUUUGAUGAUAUGAAUCUCUGUUUGUACUUGGCAGGUUUUUUUUUCUGUUUUGCUUUUUAGAUAAUAUGUAUAUCGAUAUUUUUAAGUCAUCUUUGCUUUUCUUUUUUUUUUAGAGAAGUUUGUAAUCACCUUAUAACAGAUAAAAAUAAACCUUUCCUUUAUAAAUCCAA